AUGGGCCAAUUUUCCAUUUGCCCAUCCCCUCUUUGUCUAUCCCUUCACACGUCCCAUUCCCCAUGCGCCUAUUCCCCCAUGCGCCUAUUCCCCCAUUGCGCCUAUUCCCCCAUGCGCCUAUUCCCCCAUGCGCCCAUUCCCCCCAUGCGCCCAUUCCCCCAUGCGCCCAUUCCCCAUGCGCCCAUUCCCCCAUGCGCCUAUUCCCCCAUGCGCCCAUUCCCCCAUGCGCCUAUUCCCCCAUGCGCCCUAUUCCCCAUGCGCCUAUUCCCCCAUGCGCCUAUUCCCCCAUGCGCCCAUUCCCCCAUGCGCCUAUUCCCCCAUGCGCCUAUUCCCCCAUGCGCCCAUUCCCCCAUGCGCCUAUUCCCCCAUGCGCCUAUUCCCCCAUGCGCCCAUUCCCCCAUGCGCCUAUUCCCCCAUGCGCCUAUUCCCCCAUGCGCCUAUUCCCCCAUGCGCCUAUUCCCCCAUGCGCCCAUUCCCCCAUGCGCCUAUUCCCCCAUGCGCCUAUUCCCCCAUGCGCCUAUUCCCCAUGCGCCUAUUCCCCCAUGCGCCCAUUCCCCCAUGCGCCUAUUCCCCCAUGCGCCUAUUCCCCCAUGCGCCCAUUCCCCCAUGCGCCUAUUCCCCCAUGCGCCUAUUCCCCCAUGCGCCCAUUCCCCCAUGCGCCUAUUCCCCCAUGCGCCUAUUCCCCCAUGCGCCUAUUCCCCCAUGCGCCUAUUCCCCCAUGCGCCCAUUCCCCCAUGCGCCUAUUCCCCCCAUGCGCCUAUUCCCCCAUGCGCCUAUUCCCCCAUGCGCCUAUUCCCCCAUGCGCCCAUUCCCCCAUGCGCCUAUUCCCCCAUGCGCCCAUUCCCCCAUGCGCCUAUUCCCCCAUGCGCCUAUUCCCCCAUGCGCCCAUUCCCCCAUGCGCCUAUUCCCCCAUGCGCCUAUUCCCCCAUGCGCCCAUUCCCCCAUGCGCCCAUUCCCCAUGCGCCCAUUCCCCCAUGCGCCCAUUCCCCCAUGCGCCUAUUCCCCCAUGCGCCCAUUCCCCCAUGCGCCUAUUCCCCCAUGCGCCUAUUCCCCCAUGCGCCUAUUCCCCCAUGCGCCUAUUCCCCCAUGCGCCUAUUCCCCCAUGCGCCCAUUCCCCCAUGCGCCUAUUCCCCCAUGCGCCUAUUCCCCCAUGCGCCCAUUCCCCCAUGCGCCUAUUCCCCCAUGCGCCUAUUCCCCCAUGCGCCUAUUCCCCCAUGCGCCCAUUCCCCCAUGCGCCUAUUCCCCCAUGCGCCUAUUCCCCCAUGCGCCCAUUCCCCCAUGCGCCCAUUCCCCCAUGCGCCCAUUCCCCCAUGCGCCCAUUCCCCCAUGCGCCCAUUCCCCCAUGCGCCUAUUCCCCCAUGCGCCCAUUCCCCCAUGCGCCUAUUCCCCCAUGCGCCUAUUCCCCCAUGCGCCUAUUCCCCCAUGCGCCUAUUCCCCCAUGCGCCCAUUCCCCCAUGCGCCUAUUCCCCCAUGCGCCUAUUCCCCCAUGCGCCCAUUCCCCCAUGCGCCUAUUCCCCCAUGCGCCCAUUCCCCCAUGCGCCCAUUCCCCCAUGCGCCCAUUCCCCCAUGCGCCUAUUCCCCCAUGCGCCUAUUCCCCCCAUGCGCCCAUUCCCCCAUGCGCCUAUUCCCCCAUGCGCCUAUUCCCCAUGCGCCCAUUCCCCCAUGCGCCUAUUCCCCCAUGCGCCCAUUCCCCCAUGCGCCCAUUCCCCCAUGCGCCCAUUCCCCCAUGCGCCUAUUCCCCCAUGCGCCUAUUCCCCCAUGCGCCCAUUCCCCCAUGCGCCUAUUCCCCCAUGCGCCUAUUCCCCCAUGCGCCUAUUCCCCCAUGCGCCUAUUCCCCCAUGCGCCCAUUCCCCCAUGCGCCUAUUCCCCCAUGCGCCUAUUCCCCCAUGCGCCUAUUCCCCCAUGCGCCUAUUCCCCCAUGCGCCCAUUCCCCCAUGCGCCUAUUCCCCCAUGCGCCUAUUCCCCCAUGCGCCCAUUCCCCCAUGCGCCCAUUCCCCCAUGCGCCCAUUCCCCAUGCGCCCAUUCCCCCAUGCGCCUAUUCCCCCAUGCGCCCAUUCCCCCAUGCGCCUAUUCCCCCAUGCGCCCAUUCCCCCAUGCGCCUAUUCCCCCAUGCGCCUAUUCCCCAUGCGCCUAUUCCCCAUGCGCCCAUUCCCCCAUGCGCCUAUUCCCCCAUGCGCCUAUUCCCCCAUGCGCCCAUUCCCCCAUGCGCCCAUUCCCCCAUGCGCCCAUUCCCCCAUGCGCCCAUUCCCCCAUGCGCCUAUUCCCCCAUGCGCCCAUUCCCCCAUGCGCCUAUUCCCCCAUGCGCCUAUUCCCCCAUGCGCCUAUUCCCCCAUGCGCCCAUUCCCCCAUGCGCCUAUUCCCCCAUGCGCCUAUUCCCCCAUGCGCCCAUUCCCCCAUGCGCCUAUUCCCCCAUGCGCCUAUUCCCCCAUGCGCCCAUUCCCCCAUGCGCCCAUUCCCCCAUGCGCCCAUUCCCCCAUGCGCCCAUUCCCCCAUGCGCCUAUUCCCCCAUGCGCCUAUUCCCCCAUGCGCCCAUUCCCCCAUGCGCCUAUUCCCCCAUGCGCCUAUUCCCCCAUGCGCCCAUUCCCCAUGCGCCUAUUCCCCCAUGCGCCCAUUCCCCCAUGCGCCCAUUCCCCCAUGCGCCUAUUCCCCCAUGCGCCCAUUCCCCCAUGCGCCCAUUCCCCCAUGCGCCUAUUCCCCCAUGCGCCUAUUCCCCCAUGCGCCUAUUCCCCCAUGCGCCUAUUCCCCCAUGCGCCCAUUCCCCCCAUGCGCCCAUUCCCCCAUGCGCCUAUUCCCCCAUGCGCCUAUUCCCCCAUGCGCCUAUUCCCCCAUGCGCCUAUUCCCCCAUGCGCCCAUUCCCCCAUGCGCCUAUUCCCCCAUGCGCCCAUCCCGCCAUGCACCCUUUCCCCCAUCCGCUUAAAACUUUGCCAUAAAUAUCAGUCAUGCUAUUUUUGUAAGAAUUUAACUAAGGAAUCAUAUUCCUGCUUUUGCCUUUUCCCCAUGAAUGCGCCCAUCCCCCAUCCAUGCGCCCAUCCCCCCAUCAAUAUGCGUCUAUUCCCCCCUGUCUCCCAUGUGCACAUCCCCUUCUGCACACAUCCCCCUUACAAACCCAUUCCCCCAUGCGCCCCGUUCUCGCAUGCGCCCAUCCCUCCACUCCUCCCUCUAGGCGGGGGUAUUCACCAUGAAGUUCAGUCCGGAUGGGGAGGAAGUGCGGGGGUAUUCACCAUGAAGUUCAGUCCGGAUGGGGAGGUCAUUGCUUCGGGUUCACAAGACAAGGAGAUCUUCCUGUGGCGCAUAGAGGGCGAGUGCGACAACUACAUGGUGCUCAAGGGCCACAAGAACGUGAUUCUCGAGCUGCAGUGGACGUCAGACGGCCACAGCAUCGUGUCUGCCAGCCCCGACCAGACCGUGCGGGCUUGGGACGUGGAGACAGGGAAGCAGUGGACGUCGGAUGGCCACAGCAUCGUGUCUGCCAGCCCUGAUCAGACCGUGCGAGCGUGGGAUGUGGAGACGGGGAAACGGGUGAGAGCGGGAGUGGGCAUGUGGGGCCAUGUGGGAUUUGGAGACAGGCAAGCAGAUAAAGAGGAUGGCGGAGCAUUCAUCAAGAAGAUGGCAGAGCACUCCUCGUUUAUCAACAGUUGCUGCCUUUCUCUGCCUCUCCGUGACUCUCUCGUCUUCCUUCCCCCACCCCUCCCCCGCCUCCUGCAACAGAUCAAGAAGAUGGCGGAGCAUUCGUCGUUCGUCAACAGUUGCUGCCCGGCCCCCAGAGGCCCGCCGCUCAUCGUCAGUGGCAGCGACGACGGCACGGCCAAGCUUGGCAGCGACGACGGCAUGGCCAAGCUGUGGGACAUUCGCGUUCGCGGGUGCAUCCAGACGUUCCCCGACAAAUACCAGGUGGGUGAACCCUCGUAUGCUACUUUAGUGGUUGCUGCCUGCCACCCAGAGGCCCCCAGAAGCCCUCCGCUGAUAGUCAGCGGCAGCGAUGACGGCACGGCCAAACUGUGGGACAUGCGCGUGCGCGAAUGCAUACAGACUUUCCCUGACAAGUACCAGGUGGGUGAUCCCUCGUCCGCUGCUUUAGGGGCUGCUGCCCCGGCCCCUGACGACCCCCGCUCAUCGUCAGCGGUCACUGCCGUGGCAUUCUCUUACAACGGGGACAAAGUGUACUCGGGCGGAAUCGACAACCAAAUAAAGGUCUGGGACCUUCGAAAAUCAGGCGGCACAUCAACAGCAGCAGGGGCGGGGGGAGAGGGCGCAGCAGAGGGCGGAAGCGGAGAGACCGGGGGCGGGGGCGGCAAAGGAGCGGAGCCGGUGAUGAGGCUGCUGGGGCACACAGAUACGAUCACGGGCAUGAGGGUCAGCCCGGAUGGGGCGUAUCUGCUCACCAACGCCAUGGACUGCACCCUGCGCAUCUGGGACCUCCGGCCCUACGCCCCGCAGAUUGGAUACCUCAUUCCCACCUCCACCCCUUUGCGACGCAUCCACCAUUCUAACACCCCUGUGCUUCCCUCCUCCCCGUUCUCCACAUACGAACCCUCCCAUGCCGCGCCUUCCGCCUUCCGCCCCCACUCUGCUCCCCCCGCUCCUCUCCCUCCGCUCCUCUCCCUCCGCCCCUCUCCUUCCGCCCCCCUCCCUCCGCCUGUCGCCCUCCGCCCGUCGCCCUCCUCCCCCUUUCUCCCUCCACACCAACCCUCCCGCCCCUCUGCACAGUGGGCACCAGCACAGUGGGGAGGAGAUCCCUGA